GGUCAUUCAGUCUUGGCAUUGUAUGCAGCAGAGUACUUGUGUUCACAGUUUAUUCAAAUAAUUUUGCAUAACAGUAACUCUGUAGCGGUCUACUGUGGUAAAACGGCUGCCGGUAACAUCACAAUUUUGAUCGGUGGUGUGUCUUACUGUAGUGUGUUGAUCAGUCCAUCUCUAAAACAUCUCCAAGUCUCUACUGAUGUCCGUUUCAUCGCGAGAGGGAGACAGUCGCCUUGGUAACGCAAGAGUCCAGCUCACAUCAUCUGCAGAACAUUCAUCACUAGGUGAUAGAUCAACUGCUCUCACUAAACAUGUAUUAGCGCAGUGCAAAUCUUAUUUUAAGAGUUUUUAGCUUAAUGAAUGUAUGCAAUCUGUAGCCUAAUAUUUCCUCAUUGAGAUGAAUGUCGCAAGUCGAGACACCUCAAAGUCACACAGUGUGUCUGGGCCUCAGAUGUUUCCUAUAUGUGAGAACGAACCGAAACCUUUAACGGAACCUGGAUUAUUCUGUAAGAAAUUAAAAUGUUCUUCAUCCGUCACAUUAAACCCGAAUAAAAGUGUUUGAGGAUUCUCGUCAGCAACAAGCGGCACCGCAGACAGACUGACUGACCGACAGACAGCAGCAGCGACAGACAUCGACCCAAGAAUCCCAUCUGCUGCAAAACGACACCGAGGAGAAAAGGGGAAUAUCAGAUGUUCCUGACUGACCCUGAUAUCAAUCAGCGCUCGCGCAUCCCGCCAUCCGUACGCCGCGAGCAGCCUCGCGCUGCUUUUAUUCAACCGUCGUGAUUCGGUGUUCGGUAGGCUACGUGUCUUUGAUUGCGGGAGGACUGAGGGGGGUCGGCUGUGGUUCGGGAACCGGGUGUGACAGCAGCUCGGGUUCGGCUGAGAGGAGAACAGCAGGGCUGCUGUGCGGCGAGUUUGUCGGUUCUUUUGACCGGAUUCGUGUCGAGUGAUGGUCGAAGAUUUUCGUUUGUCGUGGAGACAUUCGACGAUAUAGCCUAAAGGCCACCUAUGGAAACUGGAGACCAGAAUUUUAAGAAAAAAGGGAAACUGCUGAUUUCAUUUCAUUUUAUUCGCUCGCUCGUUUCUGUGAUCAUCUCCAGGAUGCAUUGAUUUCAUUGACGUCUCUCUGUCUAGUCAAAACGAACGUUUGAACGCAAAACUGUUCUGUUAAUGACUUGUUUCCAUCGGGAUAUCUCGUUUUCACGAGCCACUGCUUAGUUCAUUGGUUUGGAUAUGUCGGUAUUCCAACGUUUAGAUUAAUGGAGACAGAUAACGGAACAGGAGGCGCGCGCACGCGUCUGUUCUCCCGGCAGCGGUUCAGUGAUGUGACGGGUUUUCAUCUGGAUUCCGCUUCAGAGGAUGUAAAGACGCUGUGGGGCUGGCUCUGUUAACCUGCACUAUAUUACAACCAUAUAUCCUUCAGAUACGUUACACCAGCCAUAUGUAAUGGAUAUGGUUUUAACUUGAGUGGAUCAUGUAAUGUUUGAAGUAGAAGGAUGUGUCAGUCAUGUUCAGAGUAAUUUGUCAGCAUUACAUCAUGUUUUUAGGUAGGCCUACAGGUGAAGUUUGACUUAGAAGAAGAAGUGGCCUACAGAGUGCUCAGCCCUCCGGGUGUUUCAGACACCCCUUUUCUCCUCGUUUCGGCUGCUUAAAUUGACCAAUAUUUAUUUCCUAUACAUCAAGAGGAAAGGGGGCUCCCCUUUCAUAGAAUGUGGGAACAUGGGUGUUUAUGAGCGUGGGGUUCAGAUGCUCCUCACCACGGUGGGCGCGUUUGCCGCCUUCAGUCUGAUGACCAUCGCGGUGGGGACAGACUACUGGCUGUACUCGCGCGGGGUCUGCAAAAUAAAGAGUACUAAUGAGAACGAGACCAGUAAGAAGAACGAGGAGGUGAUGACACAUUCCGGCCUCUGGAGGACCUGCUGUCUUGAAGGUAAUUUUAAAGGCAUGUGUAAACAGAUCGAUCACUUUCCUGAAGAUGCAGAUUAUGAAGCUGAUGCAUCCGAGUAUUUCCUACGUGCGGUUCGGGCCUCCAGUAUAUUUCCCAUCCUCAGUGUCAUUCUCCUCUUUAUGGGAGGUCUCUGUGUCGCCGCAAGCGAGUUCUACCAGUCUCAUCACAACAUCAUCUUGAGCGCUGGAAUCUUCUUUGUUUCUGCAGGUCUGAGUAACAUCAUCGGGAUAAUCGUGUACAUAUCAGCAAACGCGGGCGACCCGUCCAAGAGCGAUUCCAAAAAGAACAGCUACUCGUAUGGGUGGAGUUUUUAUUUUGGUGCUCUGUCCUUCAUCAUGGCCGAGAUGGUGGGCGUCCUCGCCAUUCACAUGUUCAUCGACCGUCAUCGUGAGGUACGUGUGGCUCGGGUGCGAACGGGGGCCGGAGACUACCUCCAGGGGUCGGCCAUCGCACGGAUCCCCAGCUAUCGGUACAGGUAUCGGCGUCGUUCGCGCUCCUCCAGCCGGUCAACGGACCCGUCGCGCUCGCGGGAGGCCUCGCCGGAGGGGCUGAAAGGGUUCGGGGCGUUACCCUCCACUGAUAUUUCCAUGUACGCGCUCGGCCGCGGGGGCGAUACGCUGAAGGCCCCGCACGGAUCGCCACCCACGUACAACUCAGAAAGAGACCCAAACUUCCUACAGGUUCACAACUGCGUCCAGAAAGACUCGAAGGAUGCCAACCGUCGCACCACACCUGUAUGAGCGCCCCUGCUGGUGGGGAGGAGAACUGACCAAACAAAGCGAGCAAGCGAAGUAAAAACGCUCUCUGGGAUAUUUCUAACACUAACGAUAACAAGUUUACAUGUUGAAGUCCAAAAAAAGAAACGUGAAAAUGCAUGAUUUUCUAAUCUUCCAUAAACUAACACGUUUUUAAACCAUGUGUGCAGAGUUGUGACGCCGAACAGAGAGAUGUAGAAAUGAAGACACAGGGAGAAUCCUCAGCUUGAGGUUCAGAUUGAGUUGGUGGUCUACUUUCUCUGUCUCUUUUCAUUUCAUUUUGCACAUUAAUACUGUGACUCUUGUGGCCGCUGUGACCCCAGGGAACAUAAAAACACCCACAAACUGGCCACACUUGAA